AUGGCUAGGUCCAAGCCCACCCAGUGCCUCACCGGCGCCUCCACCAGCCAGGCAGCCAGAUCCUGUGCUCGACAGCUCGUUUCUCGCCAAGCGCACGCCGCCCUCCCUUCGGCGGCCAGCAGCCAAGCCGGGAGUGUGGCGGGGGACAACCCCCACCAGCCCGCGGACGGCGUCGCCUCCUCCCGUAGCCGCCGCGCCGACUUUGCGGAUCUGCAGGCCCACAUCGCCGAGCUGACGGAGGAGCGAUUUGCGCUGCAGCGGGGCCUGGCGCAGCAGGCGCAGCAGGCCGCCACCGUGACGGCCGAGCACGAGUCCAUGGUGCAGGCCUUCAACCAGCAGGCACGUAAGGGAGGCGCGGUGGUGGAGGCGCUGCAGCACGAGGUCUCAGCGCUCCGGGAGCAGCUGGCGGAGGCGAUGGCGCGGGAGGAAAGCCUGGCGCAGCACCGGGACGCGCUGACCCACGCCGCCACCGCCGCACAGGAGAGGGCCCAGGACCUUGCCAUGGAGGUCGUGGCACUGGAGGAGUCCCUGCUGCAGCACAAGUCCGCGACCCUGAAGCAGGGCGUGGAGGAAGGCGCGGCGGCGGGGACAGCCGCCCGCCUGCAGACACAGCUGAUGUCCUCCGAGAGGCAGCGGCAUGACCUGGAGGAGGACCUGCGCAGCCUUCGGGAGGAGAACGCGGCCCUGAAGGACCAACUGCGGGCCGCGUUUGCGGCCAAAGAUGAAGGGGUUGCAGAGAAACAGGCCGUGGGCGUCGCCUCUAGGUCCGCCGCCGGAGCGGGCGCCGCGCACGAAACCGAUCAUGCAGGCAUACUGUCAGCUCCCGACCCUCCUGUGCCGGAGACUGGGGAGGCUGAGACCGCCAGGACCACUUGGGACCCCCUGGCUCCCAGAGCGCCGGCGCCCGCGCCCACCCACGGCCCCGGCCCCCCGCCGGGCCUGCCCCGUCCCGAGCCCGAGCUGCGCCAGGGGUCUGCAGCCCUGCCGGCCGCCCUGGAGCUCCUGCUGCCGAGGUACACCCUGGUACAGGCGGAGGAGGGUGGGUUGAUGGAGAGCGAGGCGGUGCUGGAGACGGUGCAGUCCAUUCAGGGUCUGCUGACGAGCCUGGGUGCGCGGCAGGGGGAGCUCCUCGCCGCCCUGCGCCGGAAGGAGAUCGGAGGACUGAUCACGAGCCGAUUCAUCGGCAUCACCCCCGAUUCCUCCCUGACGCGGCUGGACGUGUCAGCGGACGACCAGGACAACUUUGAUGUCGUCGAAACCGAGGGGAAACCGGUGGGAGGCAAGGAAGUGGCCUUGCUGGGCGACCUUUCCCGCUGGUUGGAGGACCCGGAUCACCGCAGGGUCCAGUUCAUCACCAGCAUCCUCGGCCUGCUGUGGCCGACCCUGUCCUCGGCUGUGUACAAGGAGGUGCUGGUGCAGGCCAAGCAACCCCUGGAGGAUGCCUGCAAGAUGACCAAUGGCCUGGUUGCCUCCCUGGCCAUCACGAAGCUGGACCUGGGGACCAUCCCCCCGCGCCUGGACAGCUUCAAAACCAUGCACUCAGAGUCGGAUGAGCUGAUCCUGGAGGCCCCGCUGUUCUGGGGCAGUGACUUAAAGGCGGCAGUGUCUGCCGUCCUCAAAGUCGGAAAGUUUGGGCUGAUCGAGGUCCCCGUGGAAAUUGCAAACGUUCAGAUCAAGGCGCUUGCAAGGAUCACCAUCAAGCCCCUGGUGGAGACGCUGCCGUGCUUUGGUGGGAUCACGCUGUCCCUGAUGGAGGCGCCACAUGUGGAUCUGGAUGUGCACUUGGCUGGCUCCGCAGAUCUGCUGGCCCUCCCCCUCGUCCCCGAGGCAGUCAAGCUUGCCAUCAAGAUCUUUGCGGGGCAGAUGCUGGUGUACCCCAAUGAAAUAUCGGUUCCCAUCAUGGAGAACUUUGGGGUUGUCAACGGUAAGAAUCUGAAGAGCUCCUGGUUUGACAAGGUCGACCCCUUUGUGAAAGUAGAGGUGCGAGAGGGCAAGGGCCUGCAGACGACCACCAUCGACAACAACAGCCACCCUGAAUGGAACGAGACAAUGCUGUUUGUGGUGGAUGAUCCGCUCAAGCAGAGCGUCAAGAUAUGCGUGAUGGAUGAGGAUGUCAUGUCCUCCGACGUCGUCGGUGUUGCCGAAGUCCCCCUGAAGGGCGCAGAGUUUAUGCUGCAAGCAGGACGCAGCGUCAGGGCCACCAUCCCUAUCCGUGAGCCGCCGCCCCAGGACGACGCCGUGAUGCACCCUGAGGCGGCGCCGGAUGCACACGAGGUGGCAAGGGACCUCAAGGGCGAGAACGCCACCGAUGCGCAGGCAGCGGGGGCGGUGGUGGAGGUGGGGCCGUCCUCCGAGACCUCGACGCCGCGGGAGAGUGGGGACACAGGGGCCAGUGGGGGCGGGACCCCGGAGAAGAAGGAGAAGAAGAUAUCCAAGCUCCUGCGCAAGCUGAAGCUCAAGAAGGGCCCCUCGCAUCACGAGGAGGACACAGCCUCCAGCAACGUGACGACGCAUGCAAAACACUCCCCCGCAUCCAAGAAGAAGGAGGGGCACCGGAAGAAGCAUGGGAAGGAUGCGCAGGGCGAGGUCACGGGGCACCUGACCCUGGAGUUCAAGUUCACGCCCUUCCGGGGCGCAGCCACAGUGACCGACGGUCUGGAGGAGCCCAAGCGCGUGGCACCGCGCCAGGCAGGGCCGGGGUGUGGGGGGAGGGGGAUGGCCCGCGGAGGGGUGCGCGGCCGCGCGGCGGGCGGCGGCCAGUGCACGCGCCAGUCAGCUGACGAGUGCCCGGAACCCCUCCACGACCCCCCUGGGCACCCCACCUCUUCACAGGUCAGCAGGAGCACGACCAAGCGACCCAGGGCCGAGGACAGGGGCCUGCUCUCGCUGGACCUCAAGCGCUGCAUCGCGCUGGAGGAGGAGGCCGACACGUUUGUCCAGCUCACGCUGCACGACCCCACCCGGGGGUCCAGCUCCGACACCGUCUACAAGACGCCAGUCGUGCUGGAGGAGCAGAACCCACAGUACCGCUUCAAGACCGACUUUGUCAAUGUGUCGGCCAUGUCCACCCUCACCCUCACCGUCUUCCAACGGCCCAGCUUCACGGCCUCCACGAUGGGCAAGAUCCCGUUUGUGCACAAGGCCAAGGCCAAGCAGAUGGGGUACGUGCAGAUCAAAGCCAGGAAUGUGGUGGACGAGGAGCGCAUCAGUGGGAAGUGGGCGCUGCAGGAGGCACAGACGGGAGAGAUGGACCUGGCGAUUUCCUGGCAUGCCAUCGACGUCGAAGACUUUGGUGACCUCUGA